GUGUAUGGCGGUGAUCGGAACGCUGGUAUGGUGCAUGGCGGAGAGAAGGAGAGAAGGAACGGCGCGGGUAAGUACCAGGGGCGGACUGACAACUCAUGGGGCCCCCAGGCAAUAGGGGAUCAUGGGGCCCCUGUGUCCUUGCCCAAACUCAAAAAAGCCUAUGAAAAAGGUACCAGGGGCAUCUCAUGGGGCCCCCUACUGACCCCGGGCCCUCGGGCAGUGCCCGAGUACCCGAAUAGUCAGUCUGCCCCUGGGCACGGUAUGUACCGGCAUCUGUCAGUACUGUCAUGGGUU